AUGAAUCCACAAUCGGAUUGGGAUGGUAAGCUGAUUUAUGCUGGAAGAAAGCAUCUUUCAUUAACCCCGCAACACAAUACAUCACGAAAGAUACUAAACCUUGAAACAGGGGAAGCACAGUGUGUCAAUAAAAAACUGAGCAAAGCAGCAACUUUGGAACUUAAGCCCAAAAACCAAGAAGUGAAGAAGCAUUUGAACCAUGAAAACGGUGCACUAGUUGGCAUUCUAAAUGAGUCAGUUGCCAGUAGCAAUUAUCAAUUUCUAUCGGAUGUGUUGUUGAAACUUUUUGAGUCAUUUCAUUGUGAUGAGGUGGCCUUCCAAGCAUUUAACAACAUGCAAAUGCAUUAUGACACAAUGAAAGAUGGUGUUUCUGUGAGAUCCAAAGUGGGAGUGUGA